CUUGUGAUCCCUGCUGUGCACACAGAUAGCCCCUCCCCUUGUGACGGGCUCCACAACUCUGCCAAAAAGCUUGUCCUUCUGUCCUGAAGCUCUGUGCGCGGACCACACUCCCCGCUCCUGGAACCCGUAGCAGUCCCUCGGAGGGUCCGCCGCCCUGCAGAGGCCCUCGCGCUUUUCUGUCCGCCCAGCUGCGGGGUCGGAGGCCCGGUCGUGCGCGGCGGUUGAGCUGGGCUGUGGACUCGCCUAGUCCGCCCUUGGCUCCCCGCUGCAGUGCAGCUCCCCGGGCUCGGGUGUCACGCGUCCCUGGCUUGCUAGCCCAGCCCUUCUGCAGGACCCUGCUCGAGAGGGACCAGAUGUCCACCCUCCCUGAGAAGGAAUCCAGGGCGCCCACCUCCUGUCCGGGCCCAGCCUCCACACACGGCCUGGACAGUGACCGCGGGGAUGGUCCGGAAAGAGGAUGCUCCAGGAAACCAGACCCGAAGCCCCGGGAGCUCUAUGGAGUGGGUGACCCCACCGCCACGUUCUCCUCUGGUAGCUCCCUCCUGUCCUCAAGAGGAAGAGUCGUGAAAUGGUUCUGGGACUCUGCUGAGGAGGGCUACAGGACCUACCACAUGGAUGAGUAUGAUGAAGAUAAGAACCCAGAUGGCGUCAUUAACUUGGGCACCAGCGAGAACAAGCUCUGCUUCGACCUUCUGUCCAGGCGGCUAUGUCAGAGCGACAUGCUGCAAGUGGAGCCGUCUUUGCUGCAGUACCCUGACUGGAGGGGACAUCUGUUCCUCCGGGAGGAAGUGGCUAGGUUCCUGUCUUUCUACUGCAAGAGCCCCGCACCCCUUAAACCAGAGAGUGUGGUGGUCCUGAACGGCUGUGCCCCUCUCUUCUCUGCUCUGGCCAUGGUGCUGUGUGAGGCUGGGGAGGCUUUCCUGAUCCCCGCCCCUUACUACGGAGGCAUCACGAAGCACGUCUGUGUCUAUGGCAAUGUCCGACUGGUCUGUGUCUAUCUGGACAGUGAGGUCUCUGGGCUGGACACUCGCCCCUUCCAGCUCUCAGUGGAGAAGCUGGAGAUGGCCCUGCAAGGAGCUAAUUCUGAGGGUGUGCAGGUCAAAGGCCUCAUCCUCAUCAACCCCCAGAACCCUCUGGGUGAUAUCUACUCCCCAGAAGAGCUGCGAGAGUACCUGGAAUUUGCCAAGAGGCAUGAGCUGCACGUGGUGGUGGACGAGGUCUACAUGCUGUCCGUGUUCGAAGAGUCGGCCGGUUACCACAGUGUCCUGAGUCUGGAAAGGCUGCCUGACCCCCAGAGGACCCAUGUGAUGUGGGCGGCCAGCAAGGACUUCGGGAUGUCUGGGCUCCGCUUCGGCACGCUCUACACAGAAAACCAGGAUGUGGCCAUUGCGGUGGCUUCCCUCUGCCCCUACCACGGCCUCAGUGGCUUGGUCCAGCACCAGAUGGCACGGCUGCUCCAGGACCACGACUGGAUCAACCAGGUGUACCUGCCGCAGAACCAUGCCCAGCUCAAGGCUGCUCACACCUACGUCGCUGGGGAGCUCCGGGCCCUGGGGAUCCCCUUCCUGAACCGGGGGGCAGGCUUCUUCAUCUGGGCCGACUUCAGGAAGUACCUGCCCGAGGCCACCUUUGAGGAGGAGAUGCUGCUCUGGCAUCGCUUCUUGGACAACAAGGUGCUGCUGUCCUUUGGCAAGGCCUUCGAGUGCAAAGAGCCGGGGUGGUUCCGCCUGAUCUUCUCCGACAAAGCCCACCGGCUUCGCCUGGGGAUGCAGAGGGUUCGGCAGGUGCUUAAGGGCACCUCCCAGGUGGCAGAAGACCCCCCUUCCUGUCAGACCCAGGAGCCCUGGGGCCAGCACAAGUGAGCUGGCUGCUGCCUUGCGGCUGCUACUGCCAACCCGGGGCAUUCAAGGAUGCAAAGAGUGACCAUGGCUGAGCCGUUUGCCAAGAGGAUAGCCUGGCCCUUGAAGAAGAACCGUUCCCUCCCUUUCUGUGGCAGUGGGGGACUCCUUAAGUUGUGUUCACCCUGGUCCGUCCCCUGCCCCUCUAUUAAACAAAACUGGU